AUGUCAUCCAAACAAGUAAUAUCCUCGACAGAUAUCCACAGCUUUAAAGCACCUCACACUCCGUUGGUCAACUCGAAGAAUAAAUCCACAAAUGACUCAGUCACCUCGUUACUUUUAACCCCGUCUUCAAAUUCUCCUCCUCCUCGGGGAAAAUAUGGUGUAAUAAAGAAAACCAGCAGUAUUAAGAGAUCUAACAGACGUGUCAGAAGAGUCAGCAGUCAAUCUCCUGUCGAACCUUCGACAGAAUCUGCAAAAGAUACUUCAAAUAAUCUCGGAAAAGAAGAUGCGCAUGUCAAUGAAGAAGAAUUAGAUGAAGAAGAAGAAGAAGAGGAAGAAGAAGAGGAAGAAGAUGCAGAAGAAGAAGAAGAAGAAGAAGAAGAAGAAGAAAAUGUUGACAAUCCACUUGGAUUCGAAAUUAAAGGGGUUGGUGAAUCUGGUAAGCCUCCCUAUUCUUACGCAACUCUCAUUGCAAUGUCGAUUUUAACCAGUGAUGACAAAAAAUUAACGUUAGCCCAGAUUUAUGGCUGGAUUUCUGAUAAUUUUAGAUAUUAUAGAAAGGGCGACGUAGGAUGGCAAAAUUCUAUCAGACACAACUUGAGUUUGAAUAAAGCUUUCACUAAGUCCGAAAGAUCCAAAGACGGCAAGGGUCAUUAUUGGCAAAUUGAACCAGGAAUGGAAACCGCGUUUCUCAAGGGCAAAACCACAAAAUCCUCUAACAAAAAGCCUAAUAGUAAUGGUUCUAAGAAAUCAUCUGCAAAGAAAUCCAAGAAGAAGCAAGACAUGUCAAUAUUAUCAUCAUCAUCAUCUAUGACAACCAUUAAAAAGCUACCGUCAAUGAAUAAACCCAAUAAAAGAAAGGAACCUGCCAAUGAUUUAUCAAAAUUAUAUCAAAACCUCACCCCAUCAAGUACUUUUCAACACGAUGAAGAUGAAGACGAGGAAAAUGUUGCCGAUAUCACCGAUCCUGCUACUGAUAGUUUUAGUGAUACCGAAUUUUAUUUACCAGUCUCCUCCAAUGAUAUUUUAACAGGGGAAUACCAGGAUAUUGGCCAGAAAACUCCGAAGGGGCAAGUACUCAGGAUUAUGCCUCAACAACUGCUACUGAACCAUCAUGAAAUACAACCAAGGAAACGUGAUGCUCAAAAGUUGUACGAUGAAGACGAUGAAACAGAUGGCUUUACAGAUGAUAGUGACGUUGAAGAUAAUAACAUUUUUAUUGACACUCCUAAAGAAAAUUUUGCUCCCUCCACAAGAAGCAAAAAACAGAAAAAAGGUCAAGCAGUGGUACUGGCACUGAGAAACUUGCUCAAUAAGAUCCCCCAACUUGAGGCUCCUAAUUCAUCGUGGUCUGCCUCCGCGAGAGGUGGAAAUGUCAUGCUCAAUCAUAGUCAAAAUAUUGAAGUCAAAUCAUCGUCAUUGAACAAUGAGAUAAAUUUCACCUCAUCUUUCAACUCAAACUUAAAUUUUGAUUUAUCCCCAAUACGUCGUUCAGAAACCGGGCCAAUCUUAGAACCAUUGACUCCUGGUAAUAACACUAUAAACGCGACAAUGACCAGUAAUAGUCAUUACAAUGUCUUCAAUCAAUCAACUGCAACAAAUACUCCUAAUAGAAUGAAAACUCCAAGUUCUGCCUCGAUUAUGAGAAAGAUAUGGAGCUCACCAACUUACCUCGAUGACUUUUAUACUUCGCCGUCACUUGCAAGAAGCGCAAGUAUUAGCGAUUCAAGAACUAACAAAAACACUUCAAAUUUGGUUUCAUCUGCCGCGGCCUUGAUUGCUGCAACUCAUAACGGUUCGCCCAAGAAUGUUGGAAAAUAUAAGAAUAUGAAGUCGCCGAACAAAUUAGAGUCCAGCAUUAUUGGUAACAUCAGUACCAGUUACAAUGAUUUCUUUGGGGUGGAUAUUUGCUCAGUGGUUAAAAGAGCCGUCGAAAGUGCGGUUGAAAAGCCAACAAAAUCCCAGAGUGACAGUAAUUGA